AUGGAUUUUCGAACUUCGCCGGCAACUCCCCGCUCACGAACACAAGGAAGAAAACCAUGGAAGUACGGUGAAAAUGACGAUGACAAUGACGUUGACGACACCAAGUACAUGGUUAAGCCUCGCCAAACGACACGAAGAAUGAAACGACAUCGAGGACUCAAACAGCAAGCGUCACAACAACCAUCUACCAAGAAGAUGGUAGCCACUGAAACGCGUUUGCUGCAAAAACCACCAGGAAUCUUUGUCAAUACACCACGCGUUUAUCUUGGAGCAGAAGAGCCACGCGAUGUCCGUGAAAAUGAUUUUGCCAUGACCAUUCGAAGUCUAGGCAAGAUCCGAAAUUUUGAGACCUAUGUGAUCACCCAUCUUGAAUUAACAGCAACAGAACAUAGGCCCAGUAUCCCACUAGGUUUAUAUGAGCAUAACUGGAUAUCCGAGCUCUUACCGGAUGAACGUUGGGAGACACCGUCGUCCUCAAGGAGACGUGUCACCCUGCACUAA